UUCUAUUGCAAGUCUGCAACAUCAUAUUCAAUAUAUAAAGUAUUGUUGAAUUCUUCAUCUUUCUUCUUCUCUUCUGCGCCGCCAGAUAUAAUAUGUUGAGACUUGCAGGUCUUUGUCGUUCUCGAUCCGAGUUUGGAAUGAGACAGCAGAGAUUCAGCACCGCGUUGUCGGCAUGUAACAGGGAAGAGGGGCAGUGUGUCGUAGGCGGCCACAUCGAUUGGGACAACCUCGGAUUCGGUAUCACUCCAACAGAUUACAUGUACGUUUCCAACUGCACCGGAGACGACGGUUGUUUCCGGCAAGGCAAACUCCGGCGCUUCGGGAACCUUGAACUCAGCCCUGCCGCGGGCGUGCUGAACUACGGGCAGGGAGUGUACGAGGGGACAAAGGCGUUCAGAAGAGAGAACGAUAAGGAUGGGAUGUUCCUGUUCAGACCAGAUCUAAAUGCAGAGAGAAUGCAGAUUAGUGCCGCCAGAAUGUGCAUGCCUUCCCCUUCAACCCCCCUCUUCCUCGACGCUCUCCGGCAAACCCUGCUCGCCAACCGCCGUUGGAUUCCUCCCCACGGGAAAGGAUCUCUGUACAUAAGGCCAUUAUUAAUAGGAAGUGGGCCAGUUUUGGGGUUGGCUCCGGCUCCGCUUUGCACAUUUCUGGUUUAUGCAUCCCCGGUUGGGAACUAUUUCAAGGAGGGAACUGCCCCUUUGAACUUAUAUGUAGAGGAAGACUUCCACCGCGCGUCCCGCGGCGGAGCCGCCGGUGUCAAGAGCAUUACCAACUAUGCCCCCGUCAUGAAACCGCUUAUGACCGCAAAAAGCAGGGGAUUCUCCGAUGUACUGUACCUUGACUCCGUCCAUAAGCGUUAUGUUGAGGAGGUUUCUUCGUGCAACAUCUUCAUUGUCAAGGGGAGUGUUGUUUCGACUCCGGCCACGAAUGGGACAAUCCUCCCGGGGAUCACUAGGAGAAGUAUUAUAGAAAUCGCAAGGGAUUUAGGGCACGAGGUUGAAGAACGGGAGGUGGGUGUUGAGGAGUUGAGCGCCGCGGAUGAAGUGUUCUGCACUGGGACUGCAGUGGGUGUUGCUCCUGUCGGAAGCAUUACUUACAAGGGGGAAAGGAUGGAGUACAACUUAGGAGAGGAGACUGUGGGGAAGAAACUAGGCUCAACACUGUUUGAUAUCCAAAGAGGUGCAAUUGCAGACAAGAAUGGCUGGGUUGUAAGGAUCUGAUCAAAACAUACCUGAUCGAUCUUGGUUGAUAUAUAUACCCAAACAAAUUAAAUUCAUUGGGUAUCUGACAUAAACCAAGAGAUUAUAGAUACACAAAUGCAUGUAAUAGGAGUUAGUUGUAUUUUUGUUUAAAAUUAUUAACGCAGCAAAUUGUUACUCCGUAUGUAAUGCAUACAUACAUAUACACUACUGGUUUGGCAACUGUUCAUCAAUGGAUCUGAUAUACUCUCCCCUUCUCUUCAUCCUUCAUACACAUGUGCAGGGUUAAGGUGACCUUUUCAACCUGGUGGACUAAAGUUAAGAUGGCACU